UCAGUGUAGCAAUUAGAGUCAACAAUGGCAACAGUAGGAAGAAUGAAGUUAGGAUCACAAGGGAUGGAAGUAUCCUUACAAGGACUUGGUUGCAUGAGCAUGUCAGCUUUCUAUGGUCCUCCUAAGCCUGAAUCUGAUAUGAUUUCUCUCAUCCACCAUGCUAUACAAUCUGGUGUCACUUUUCUUGACACUUCUGAUAUUUAUGGCCCUCACACCAAUGAAGUUCUUCUUGGAAAGGCUUUGAAGGUAGUUAGAGAGAAAGUUGAAUUGGCUACAAAAUUUGGAGUCAGAGCUGGUGAUGGAAAAGUUGAGAUCUGUGGUGAUCCAGGCUAUGUGAGAGUAGCUUGUGAGGGCAGCUUGAAGAGACUUGAUAUUGAUUGUAUUGAUCUCUAUUAUCAACAUCGUAUUGAAAGCGAAGAGAAAGUGGUAACCUUUCCAAGAAGAACUUCAUUGGUGUGAGGUCCAUAGAAGUCAGAAGUAUCAAGAAAAGUGACACCAGAUUGUAUGGCAUGGUGAAUGAGAGCAAUCAUGUCAGGUUCAGGUUUAGGAGGACCAUAGAAAGCAGACAUGCUCAUGCAACCAAGUCCUUGUAAGGACACUUCCAUGCCUUGUGAUCCUAACUUCAUUCUUCCUACUUU